AUGACAUUUCAACAAACUCUAGCGUUCAUCACUUUUGUGACAAUGGCUUCAAUGUGCUGUGGACAUAUCGGCGGCGGGAUAUCUUUCCAGGACGUAAACCCUCAGGUCUACUGUGGCAGAUCCUUGGCAAGGGCUUUAGCUCUCCUCUGCUUCGAUGAGGGCGGUUACGAUAAACGAUCUGAAGCUUAUGAACCAAAAGGAACCAUGUAUGGGCAAUUUUUUUUACCAUACUUGAAAGAUCAAGAGGCUCAACUUGGAUUGCCCUGGAUGUCAUCCAAUAAGGCAAGAAGCAUGUCGCUCCCAUCUCGAGGCAAGCGUUACCCGGGCGUCGUCAAUGAAUGUUGUGACAAGCCUUGCAGCAUCAAUGAACUUCUCACCUAUUGCUAA